AUGACGACUACUAGAACACAUUCAAUCUUUGAAUUUUUUGACCACGAUAAUAGAGAAGAAGACUCAACAACCACGAUGACUUCUAGACCAUACAGCAUACCGGAAACAAAUAAUGACCGUGAAUACAUCGCAAAUUCGCACGAUGAACUAAUGUCAACCUUAUCAUCGACUUCGAUCAACUCAUUAUUCGAUAUAGACUCCCCUUUCCAUUCAAACCAUACUCAGCCGGGAACAUCAACAAUCACACCAGCAUUAUCAAGACACAGUUCAAUUAAAAGUAGACAAAAUAUGACCAACUUGCCCAAAUUUCAUGAACAGGAAUUCACAAACAAACUUCAAACAAAGUUGAAGAUCGAAGAAGGGUUGCAGAAUCUAAAAGUGGAACCCACCAUUCAAUCUAUCGCCCAAGAAGUUGAACAAAAAUCACCAAAACACCAGGCCAAAGUAGUUGUAUUGUUGGUGGGACUACCUGCAAGUGGUAAAUCUACUUUAUGCCAUCAAAUCAAAGAUUUCAUCAACUCAACAACCAAAUAUAAAUGCGGAAUCUAUAAUGCUGGAGAUGUCCGCCGAAGAAAAUCGCUAAUUUUCAAUGACUCUGAUUUCUUUGAUCCCAAUAAUGAGUCAGCAAAGAGGAAUCGUGACUUGUAUGCCACGAUCACAUUGAACCACUUGUUGUCGGAUCUUGAUAAUACAGUUGAUAUCGGAUUACUAGAUGCAACAAACACCACCAUCGAAAGAAGACAAAAAAUGUUGUCCAUCAUUCAUUCCCACAAUUUGGCCACCGUCGUUCUUGAAGUUCAAAGCAAAUACCAUGACUACAACAUCGUCAAAGGCAAAGUACACAAUGCAGAUUACAUCAAACAGGACAGGACAGCAGCAAUAAAUGACUUUAAGAGAAGGCUACAGCACUAUAAGAAAGUGUAUGAGCCUGUAAGUUGGGAAGAACUAGAUGAACGCGAUGAUCAAGUUCAGGCAUUCAUUAAAUGUGUUGAUGCCGGCGAAGAUUUUGAAUUAAUCAAGAACAAACAAGUAGAGGAGAAGGAACUAGAGGCAGAAAAUAAUGGCGUUAAAGAGAAUGAAUUUUGGUAUUUCAAAGUGUUGCAACAGUUUAUUGAUCAAUAUGACGAACUGUUUGGUAUUGAGUACCGAAAAAAGGUUAAUGAUUUUUAUUCAAAGGGACAAGGGAAAAGGGAAUAA